GACAUUCCUUCCUCUUUACUUGACAUGAUAUGAGAACUUGAUCGAUCUUGAGUUUUAUUUCAACAGCACAACUUUCUUGGUCCAAUUUGUUAACUACAUCGAAUCGAAAUUCUAAAUACAACUCAUUUCAGAUCAAUACCCUAGACAGUAUCAAAGUGAGAACAAGAAUGCCCGGAAAUAGUACUAUUGAAAGAUGGCUGGGCAAUAUUGAGAAUAAUGAUGGACAGUCUACAGUGGGGCGAGAAGAUGAUCAACAUAGAUACGCAAGUCGAAAAGAUGAGUCUGUCGAUUCAAGCUUUGGCAAGCCGCCGCAAGCUUCUUCUAGAUAUCGAGCAAAGCCGCAUAAACAUCAAAAAAGGUCACAGAAGUCACUUCCAUCUCAACGUGAAAGCUUCGAGGGUAGAUCGAGCAGCAAUUCACGUUCUAGAGUCAAGCCUCGAAAAAAAAACCAUGAUCCACGCUCGUCUCAACGGCUACCUGUUAGUGAUAACUCGCCGCGCAGUCCACACUCCGAAGCUGCGGCUCAAUCAAAUCUACCACGCUCAUCCUCACCUAGUGGGAAUGGCAGAUAUACCUCAUAUCACAUUCCAUCUCUCGGAUUCGGAUUCCCUGAGACAACUGCUGCAUCUCAUAUAACUAUUGCUCCAGCCACUGAGCCUCAACGACCCUCUGCUGGAGUCACUUUACACCAAGGCAUUUAUGAUAUACCCACUACGUAUCACACGGUGCAAGGCUUUUCAUCAUCUCCCCACCAAGGCCACCACAGAAGUGGCUACCCUACUAGCGAAGGAUCAUUCCAAUAUACCGUACCCCAAGAAAUCCAAAGAAUUGGAUUUAGAACAGCUGAGGGAAACGAUGCGUAUGAAAGAUAUUUGAGAGAGGCAGGCCAGAUAGAAAGAAUGGCCGUGUCACAAGCUAAACCAGCAAGGGAAACGUGGGCAAGAGAUAUAUGGGAAAGUGAAAUGGGAAAGCAAGGUAGUUCAGGAGGAAAGAGAGGUAUGUAUUAGGAGGAAGGGUAGAGAGCUAGAUAUCGGAGUUGAUAUAACGGUAUGGCGUUUGAAGCGAAGUUGGAGAUAUUGAACGAGUGUAGAUUAAAGGGUGGGGA